GCUGCCAAAAAAUUUCUAUUAAACUUAGUUCAUUGAAAUUAAUCCUGCUUUAUUUAUUCUUCCACCCAUUUAACAAUGACAGGAUCACUUCGAGAGCAAGAUUACAAAAGAAAAUGAGGAAAUCACAUUAACAGCUAGCAACAAACACACUCUUACCUUUAGUGAAGGGGAAUAUUUAACGCACUUAGAGACAAUGACAUAUUGAGAAAUGGCCAAUGCUAGCUAGCUGUAACUGUGUUUUUAUGGUUUCCAUUUCCACAAGCUAUAUGUAUAUAGUGUGUGCGCACGCACGCAGUGUGUAACAAGAUUUACUACGUAUCUGCACGAAACUACAAAGACUAACCAUUCAAGUCAUAUGUGAAUACGUGAUUAUCUAUUAUUUAUUGUAGGGUGACAUUUCUUAUCUCGUCUCUAUAUUAGUCCUAUUAAUCUGUUCUGAACACAAUAUGACAAUAAUUUGUUUUUUCCCGUUUAUUUUUUAAUUAGAAAAAACGUGUACUCAAAAUUCUUUCAACAUUUUUAUUCAGCCGUACAAUUACAAGAAUGGAAAAAUCUUGAUGAUAUGUGACAAAUUAAUUAUUUUUAGAUAAGAACGAGGUGCACGUACUUCAUGAAUUGAAGCUAGCUAGCCAGUUGUAUUAAGAAGAAGAAAAAUGGAGGAGUCAAUUGAGCAAAACAAAGCCAUAGAGACAGAACAUGUUGGAAGGAAAAAGCUUGGUGGAUAUAGAACCAUGCCCUUUAUCAUAGCAAAUGAGGCUUUUGAGAAGGUUGCAAAUGUAGGGCUUCAUGUGAACAUGAUUUUGUACCUACUGAGUGAAUAUCAUGCAGACCCUUCAACUGCAGCUAUCAUAAUAUUUCUGUGGAAUGCUGGAUCCAAUUUUAUGCCACUCUUUGGUGCUUUUCUUUCUGAUUCUUGUCUUGGUCGAUAUCGUGUUAUUGCUUGGGGAACAAUUAUCGACCUUCUUGGAUUAAUUGUGUUGUGGCUUACUGCAAUAAUUAGGCAUGCAAGGCCAGAUUGCAAAAAUGGACAAACAUGUGAAACAGCAACAGGAAUGCAAUACUUGUUUCUUUUCACUUCACUUGCUCUAAUGUCUUUUGGAGCUGGUGGUAUUAGGCCAUGUUCUUUAGCUUUUGCAGCUGAUCAAAUAAACAAUCCGAAAAAUCCGAAAAAUGCGAGAAUCAUGAAGAGUUUCUUUAAUUGGUAUUAUGUUUCAGUUGGUGUUUCAGUAAUGUUUUCAGUGGUAUUCAUAGUAUACAUUCAAGUUGAAGCUGGAUGGAUUAUUGGUUUUGGUAUUCCUGUGGGUCUUAUGUUGUUUUCUUCUGUCAUGUUUUUCAUGGGAUCAUUUAUGUAUGUUAAAGUGAAACCAAACAAAACUUUGCUUGCUGGAUUUGCUCAAGUAAUUGUUGCAUCAUGGAAAAAUAGACACUUGACACUUCCUCCUCAUGCAAACAACUCUGGUUUGUGGUAUUUCCAUAGUGGCUCUAAUCUUGUUCAGCCUACGGAUAAAGCAAGGUUCUUGAACAAGGCUUGCAUUAUCAAGAACAGAGAAAAGGAUAUAGAUUCUAAUGGAAUGCCAACUGAUCCAUGGAGUUUAUGUACAGUAAGACAAGUAGAGGAAUUAAAAGCAGUGAUCAAAGUCCUUCCAAUUUGGUCAACUGGCAUCACAAUUGCCAUUACAAUAAGUCAACAAUCAUUUUCUGUGGUCCAAGCAGGAACAAUGAACAGAAUGGUUCACAAGUUUGAGAUUCCAUCAACAAGUUAUGGUGCAUUUGGAAUCCUCACUUUAACCAUAUGGGUAGCUAUUUAUGACCGAAUUAUAGUUCCUUUGUUAACAAAAUACACUAAGAAAGGAAAAGGACCAACUUUAAAGCAAAGAAUGGGAAUUGGUAUAGCAAUAUCAUGUUUAGCUACAUUAGUGGCAGCAUUAGUAGAGAAAAAGAGAAGAAAUGAAGCAAUUAGAGAAGGGUUUAUAGAUAAUCCUAAAGGUGUAGUGAACAUGUCAGCAAUGUGGUUAGUGCCUCAACAUUGUUUAGUUGGUUUUGCUGAGGCAUUAAACGUGAUUGGACAAAUUGAGUUUUUUUAUUCACAAUUUCCUAAAACUAUGUCUAGUAUUGCUGUUGCUUUUUUUGCUCUUGGAUUUGGGACAGGAAAUUUGGUUGCUAGUAUUAUAGUUAAGGUUGUUAAAAUUGGGACACAAAGAGGAGGUGAAGUUAGUUGGUUAUCAUCAAAUAUUAAUCAAGGGCACUAUGAUUAUUACUAUUGGUUACUCACUAUUUUAGGUUUGGUUAAUUUGUUAUACUUCUUGUUGUGUAGUUGGGCUUAUGGGAGUGUUGAAGAUAUCAAAAAUUGGGAUGAAGAAGAGGUUGAUACAAAAUGUGAUGAGGAAGAACAUAUCUAGUUCAUUAAUCCAAAGGGUUAUAUUGUGUAUUUUAUAAUGAUUGUAUUGCUAAACUUAGCUCUUUUUUUUUCCUAUGGUAAGAGGAAGUGUGGCUCUUUCCUGGUUAUGGAGGGCAAGUAAAUGUAUUUUUAUAAUUAAAUGUAUGGAUGUUUUAUAAAAAACUUGUACAAUGACAAGUUAGGAAUUACUUUUUAAUUAAUGUAAUUUUUUACCAUCA